CUGACGCUUCAGUUGCCAACUUUUUGACUUUGACAUAUUUUUAUUCAAAUUUCUUAAUUGGAAAGAGUUGUAUUCUUCCGUCUACAUGGACUCUAUGGACUACUGCGCGUACUAGCGAGUACGCUGCCUAAUUGCCGUCUGCAUAAGUGCUGUGAAUUUCAAUUAAUCAGCUGCGCGCUUGCCAGUUUUUGUUGUAGCGCGUUGUUGAAAAUACAAAUUACACACUUCGCACAUUUCGUUUGCUAAGCGGCUUGGCUGUAUGAAAAUGUGUCAGUAGUAAAGUGUGGCCAAUUAUAGGUGCAAGCCGUGGCCGGGUAAAAUAAGUCUAUUCAUUUGCUUAGAAAUGUGGAAAGUGUGACAAAACUGCGAAGGGAAUAAUAGAAACAAAAACAAAAACAAAGAAACGUUACAAAUAAUUGUUGGUGUUGAAGAAAAAACAUUUAUUUCUUAAAUGGUACAAACUUUUUCUAAAUCUUGCUUGGUGAAUGCAAAUAAAGUGUGCUUGGCGUAAAAACAGGAAGAGUUUUCAAAACAAAAACGCAAAGAAUUAAUCAUAAAAACGGUAGCCAUUUAUAAGCAAAAACAAAAAAGAGGAAAGAAGGCGUGCGCAAUCGAAGUAUUUCAAGUAUUCGCAAGUGAAUCGUUUUCGGAAGAUUAGCGUGCAGAGAAGAACGAAAGUGAUACAAGAAAAGUGCUGCUGCUAAGGACAGAAAAUGGGCGUUGUGAGCGGUGGUGUGGCAGCAUGUCUGCUGUUACUCUGCUCCUUGAAAGGCCACACAUUGGCACACAUCCGCAUCGAUGCCCCUGAAGUGCAUGCCAUAGAACCUGCACCCCAUUCUCCAAGCAGUUUUGUGCGCUCGGCUGUGGAAAGCGUUCCUGCCGAGGAUCAGGCGGUGUUGUCGCUCAGUCGUUUUAGUAUGCGCCCCUCAUUCGGUGAUAUAUUUUUGCCACUGCGUAGUGCAGUUGAAAGCGUGCCUUCUGUGAAUUUACGUAAACUCAGCGAAUUGAGCGACUCCUUUGGAGUGCGCUCUUUCGUACGCGACUCAGUCGAAGCUUUGCCAACGGAUUAUGAAAGCGAUGAUGACGAAGAUUCGGAGUUGGUAACGAAUGAAGAUUUGGUACGGAGCACCAUCGCUACUAAUGCUGAGCCAGAUAAAUUUCUGGACACAAUCGCACCUGAAGUGGAGACUGCUGUGGAAACAUUUCCAGCACCUGACCCCUGGACUGUGUCGGACAAAUAUGCCGCCUUUGCCUCACCUGCAUUGGACAAUAAAUAUUUGCCUCAACCAUACCGCGCUGACUCACCCUAUCAACAGCUAUUAAAGCCCAUGGAAGUGGAACACUUCGAUCAACUCGAUGAUGUGGAGCUGCUGCGGGAUCAGUUCGGUUAUGGCGCGCUGACACAUAGUCAAAAUGGUGAUAUCGGUGAAUAUUAUGGUGCGCCGGCACAUUUGAAAUCUGCGCCACCGGCGCGUAAAAAUUACAACAAUUCACCAAAAGUGCUAUGCCACAUUACAAAUUGGGCAUUCUAUCGCAAAGCGGAUGGUAAAUUCGUGCCGGAGAAUCUGGAUGCCAGUCUAUGCACAACUCUCAUUUACUCCUUCGCAUCAUUGGAUCCGGAUCAUUUAACUAUCAAAGAGUUUGAUCCAUGGGUAGAUAUUGAGAACCAGUACUAUAACCGUGCUGUGGAAACGGGUGUACCCGUUAUGAUCGCCUUGGGUGGUUGGACUGAUUCUACGGGCGACAAAUAUUCCCGACUUGCAAGUGAUGAGAUAAAACGUAAAGUGUUCGCAUCAAAUUUGGUGGGUUUCCUAAAACGAAACGGCUUUUCUGGUUUGCAUUUGGACUGGAAUUAUCCAAAAUGUUGGCAGAGCGACUGCUCUAAAGGCCCGGCAAGUGACAAGCCCAAUUUGACCAAACUGCUGCGUGAAAUACGCAAUGAGUUUGAUCGCGUCGACAAGAAGCUACAACUUGGCGUUGCAUUAUCUGGCUACAAAGAGAUUAUAACUGAGGCAUAUGAGCUCGCGGAGCUGUCGAAGAUCGUCGAUUACAUGACCGUCAUGACGUACGAUUAUCAUGGCGCUUGGGAAGGGCGCACCGGUCAUGUCAGUCCUCUAUAUGGACGUAAAGGUGAUCGCUACCCGCAAUACAACACUGACUACACUAUGCAACUUUUGGUAAAAUCCGGUGCUAAGCGUGAAAAACUUAUUAUGGGAAUUCCAUUUUACGGACAAUCGUUCACGCUGAAUCGUGCCAGCACUACUUUAGUUGGGGAGGGUGUGGACACCACGACGACAGGCGAACCCGGAGAAUUCACCAAACAGCCCGGAAUGCUGGCCUACUAUGAAAUCUGCCACCGCAUACGCAAAGACAAAUGGCUAACGGGCCGUGACGCCGAGCGCAAAUCGGGACCGUAUGCAAUGCUGCGCAACCAGUGGGUCGGGUAUGAAGAUCCUGCCUCGGUAGAGGCAAAGGCGCGAUAUGCGGCGAAUAACGAUUUUGGUGGGGUUGCUGCGUGGACUGUUGAUUUGGAUGAUUUCCAGAAUCGUUGCUGCAGCGAAGCAUUCCCAUUGCUGAAAGCAAUUAAUCGCGCACUCGGAUUACUUAAUACCGAACCACCAACUCGUGGAAAUUGUGAGCGCCCGGCUGCACCUGUGACGCCUGUACCACCAGUCAUGACGACGGUUAGUAGCGAUGGAUCUAUUGGUAGCUCAAUUACACAGCAACAUGAUCACCCUUCAUCAACCGCGCCAACUACGUGGUGGCCAACAAGCAGCUCCACUUCGACAACACCCUGGUGGACACCAACUUCCACUACACCAAUUCCUACGACGACCAGAAAAACCACCACGACCACAAAAGCCACCACUACAACAACCACCAGACGACCGACAACUCACUCAACAACCACGCGUCGACCAAAUCGUCCGGAGCACACCACAAUACCGUCACCAGCAGUCGUGCGUCCAGUUGUGCAAGCCUCCAACUGUCAAGUAGGCCAAUUUUACGCAGAUCGUUCCAACUGCAAUGCCUACUAUCAGUGCAUCACAGCGGGUGAGCUGCAACAGCAAUUUUGUCCUGGUGGCCUGCAUUGGAAUAAUAAGAGCAAAAAUUGUGACUGGCCUGAUUCUGCGCAAUGUUCUGUGAAAAACAAGCCCGUUGCAACAACGAACUAUGCCACUACACGACCCACCAAGUCACCUGGCACAACCGAACGCCCACCAACAAGGAGUACAACACGCGUGUCCAACCGCACCACACAACGCACCACUACUGCGGCAACUACAGCUUUGUCUUCAACUUCGCGCAAACCAUCGAAAAAACCUUCCAGUAAACCAUCGCGUAAACCAAGCGGACAAAAACCACAAAGACCCAACAAACCCCAACGUCCGAGUGCCAGGUGUAACGAAGGCGAAUAUUACACGCACAAGAAAUGUGAUCAGUACUAUAUUUGUGUAAAUGGCGCGUUGGUACCGAAUUCUUGCGGUGGCAAUCUUCACUGGGAUGCCCUUCGCCAGACUUGUGAUUGGCCCGAAAACGUGCACUGCGUCACUACCAAACAAUAUUUGCGCAUUGUGAAGUCACAAGCACUACGCUCGGGCAAUCCAUUGGCGCUGCGCAACUCCAACCCCAGUGACCCCUGCGAUGGUGAAGAGCGUGUUGCUUAUCCUGGAGACUGCUCGAAGUUCCUCUUCUGUCUAUGGAAUCGUCUACAAGGCAGCGACUGUCCUCCUGGUCUACACUUUAAUGAAGCAAUAAGUAACUGUGAUUGGCCAGUCUCCGCAAAGUGCACGCAAGACGGUAGCGCUCAAGGCUCAAGUGAAGUCGAGAGUCUGGAACCGAGUGAAAAUGAGAUCUCAGGAGCAAGUUCGGUAGCGCACCAAAAACCAAAACCCACUAUGCGGCCAGCACCCAGCACUACUACGACUACAACACGUGCACCUCGUCCCACUUAUCCAACAGAUAAACCCAUGUUGGCCCCGCUCGACGGCUACUACAAGGUUGUGUGUUACUUCACUAACUGGGCUUGGUACCGCAAAGGCGUGGGACGUUACACACCUGACGAUAUCAAUAUAGACUUAUGUACUCACAUUGUUUAUGGAUUUGCCGUGCUUGACUACUCCAACUUGGUGCUACGUACGCACGACUCGUGGGCGGACAUUGACAAUAACUUCUACACGCGUGUCAGUGGUUUGCGUAGUAAGGGUGUGAAAGUGAGUCUUGCCUUGGGCGGUUGGAACGAUUCGCAAGGUGACAAAUAUAGUAGACUUGUAAGGAAUCCCUCCGCCAGAGCACGCUUUGUUAAGCAUGCUGUCGAGUUUCUAGAGAAGUACGGAUUUGAAGGUCUUGAUUUGGAUUGGGAAUAUCCGGUGUGCUGGCAGACGGAUUGCAACAAGGGUGUGCCGGAUGAAAAAGAAGCAUUUACUGCUUUGGUGCGUGAGCUUUCAGAGGAGUUCAAGCCACGUGGUCUACUACUGUCAACUGCGGUCUCGCCCAGCAAGAAGAUCAUCGAUGCCGGCUACGAUGUGCCACAGCUGUCUGAAUAUUUUGAUUGGAUUGCUGUGAUGACUUAUGACUUCCAUGGUCAAUGGGAUAAAAAGACUGGCCAUGUCGCACCACUUUUCUACCAUCCGGAAGAUGAAAUUGAUUAUUUCAAUGCUAAUUUCUCGCUGAACUACUGGAUUGAGAAGGGUGCGCCGUCGCGCAAAAUUGUCAUGGGUAUGCCACUGUAUGGGCAGUCAUUUACGCUUGAAAAUGCAAAUAUUAAUGGCCUCAAUGCCAAGGCACCUGGCCCUGGUAAAGCAGGCGAAUUUACGCGUGCUGCAGGUUUCCUGGCCUAUUACGAAAUUUGUGAUCGCAUCAAGAAUGACGGCUGGGAAGUCAUACAAGAUGAGCAAGGACGCAUGGGGCCAUAUGCUCGCAAGGGCACACAAUGGGUGUCUUUUGAUGACCCGGCUAUGAUACGUAAGAAGUCGCAAUUAGUGCGUGCCAUGGAUUUGGGCGGUGGUAUGGUGUGGGCUUUGGACUUGGAUGAUUUCCGCAAUCGUUGUGGAGAUGGCGUACACCCGCUGCUUACACAAAUUCAUGAUGUGCUGAAGGAUCCACCGAAGGAGUAUGAGGAAAUGCCUGGCCUUAUUGCCAAUGAACCAGUAAUACCUUCAACAGAAACAGAGUCGGGAGAAGAGUUAAACACCAUAGAAGCUUCCGUCGUACCUGAAGAUAUAGAGACAGGGUUUGCCGAAGAAAAUGUUGUCGAUCCGAAUGGUGACGUUGAAGAAGUGAUCUCCUCGGCAGAGCAAAGCCAAGAAGAAGCUACAGGCACUGGCACCAUAAUUGGCACCGGUACGAGUACCGGCACUUCCGCGGAGAUUGAGACCGAAACGAAUAACUUUAAGGUUGUCUGCUAUUUCACCAAUUGGGCUUGGUAUCGUCAAAAUGGUGGAAAAUUCCUGCCCGAAGACAUUGAUCCCGAUCUGUGCACACACAUUGUCUACGGUUUUGCUGUACUCAACCGGGAGUCACUCACAAUUCAACCGCAUGACUCUUGGGCUGACAUGGACAACAAGUUCUACGAACGUGUGGUGGCCUUCCGAAAGAAGGGCAUCAAGGUGACCGUGGCGAUUGGUGGUUGGAAUGAUUCAGCCGGUGACAAGUAUGCUCGUUUGGUGCGCAACGCUGCUGCAAGAGCACGUUUUAUAAGCCACGUUACUGAAUUUAUUCAAAAGUAUGGAUUUGAUGGUCUGGAUCUGGACUGGGAAUACCCCGUUUGUUGGCAAGUGGACUGCAAGAAAGGCACAUCUGACGAAAAGGAUGCAUUCACUGCUUUAGUGCGUGAACUCUCACAGGCAUUCAAGCCGAAAGGACUGUUAUUGUCGUCGGCUGUGUCGCCCAAUAAGAAGGUUAUUGAUGCCGGUUAUGAUGUGCCGUCUCUCUCCCGCUACUUCGACUGGAUUGCCGUUAUGACAUAUGACUUCCACGGGCAAUGGGACAAAAAAACUGGUCACGUUGCGCCAAUGUACGAUCAUCCCGCCGGCACAGAAACGUUUAACGCCAAUUUCUCCAUAAAUUAUUGGUUACAAAAUGGUGCCGAACGUCAGAAGAUCAUCAUGGGUAUGCCAAUGUACGGACAGUCCUUCUCGCUAGCACAAGCAUCAGACCAUGACUUGAAUGCGCCAACGUAUGGAGGCGGUGAAGCCGGCGAAGCAACACGCGCACGCGGUUUCCUAGCUUACUACGAGAUCUGCUCGUACAUUCGUAAGCGCGGCUGGAGUGUGGUACGCGAUCCACGAGGACGCAUGGGACCGUACGCCUUCCAACGCGAUCAGUGGGUCUCCUUCGACGAUGUUUCGAUGAUCCGGCAUAAGAGUGAAUACGUACGAGCAAUGGGAUUGGGUGGCGCUAUGAUUUGGGCGCUGGAUUUGGAUGACUUUAAAAACACAUGCGGCUGCGAGACUUACCCUCUGCUGAAAACGAUUAACCGUGUCCUGCGAAACUAUCCAGGUGUAGCACCAAAGUGCGUGCUAGAACGGAGGGACUAUACCAUGAUUGCUAGUGAUAGUGGUCCGUCGCAGGCGUACUCUGUGAAACCGAAACCGGGCGAAACUCCCCGCCCCACCUACUCCAGUCAGCUCAUCGAAAGUUCGCCACAAAUUCCAGCAGGUGCAUUAGAAGACUUUGGUGAAGUGGAGAAGCAGCCGUGCAACGGAAGGAACUUUGUGCCGCACGAGCACGAUUGCAACAAAUACUAUGUUUGUCAGUUUGACAAGCUGAUUGAGCAGAGCUGUCCCGCUGGUCUACAUUGGAACGAGUUUUACUGUGAUUGGCCGCAAAACUCUAAAUGCUCUAUGCGCCAAGAGGCAACCACUCAGCGUCCAAUUCCUCAGCGCCCCAAGCCCAUAGCUACAACUACACGACGCCCACAGUCCUCGCAAACGACAAGUCGUCCCAAACCAAUAGCUACCACACCAUCUCCCCGACCAACAAAGCCAACUAAAAAGCCCUCGAUGAUUCCGAAUAAGAAGCCAACCCCACGCCCAAAGCCACCCACUUUGCCACCAAUUACUGGAAGUGGUGAUUAUAAAGUUGUUUGCUACUUCACCAACUGGGCCUGGUAUCGUCCAGGUGAGGGCAAAUAUGUGCCCGAGGAUAUUGAUGAAAACCUCUGCACGCAUGUCGUUUAUGGUUUCGCUGUACUCAAUACAAACUCGCUAACAAUCCGCACACACGACUCCUGGGCUGAUAUUGAUAAUCAUUUUUAUGAGCGCGUAGUUGCCUACAAAAAUAAGGGCAUUCGUGUCACCAUUGCUAUUGGCGGUUGGAAUGAUUCGCUGGGUAGCAAAUAUGCGCGUUUGGUUUUAGAUCCCGAGGCUCGUGCGCGCUUCAUACAGAGCAUACUUGAUUUCGUCGAAAAGUAUGGUUUUGAAGGUUUGGACUUGGAUUGGGAGUAUCCAGUGUGCUGGCAAGUAGAUUGUUCGAAGGGUUCGCCGGCAGAGAAAACAGGAUUUGCUGCACUCGUGCGCGAAUUCUCCGCAGCUUUCAAACCGCGUGGCCUGUUGCUUUCCGCUGCCGUCUCGCCUAGCAAAAUGGUUAUAGAUGCUGGCUAUGAUGUACCACAAUUGGCGCGCUACUUCGAUUGGAUUGCUGUUAUGACUUAUGACUUCCAUGGUAAUUGGGACAAGCAGACUGGUCAUGUGGCUCCGUUAUACUAUGUCGAUGGCGAUACAAAUGAAUAUUUCAAUGGCAACUUCAGCAUUAACUACUGGUUACAGAAGGGUACACCGCGUGAGAAGCUCAUCAUGGGCAUGCCACUUUAUGGACAAUCCUUUACGCUGGCCGAUGUCAAGCAACGCGGCCUCAAUGCUAAGUCUACCGGACCUGGACAGGCGGGAGCAUUCACACGUGCAGCAGGUUUUCUCGCCUACUACGAAAUAUGCGAGAAAGUCAACAGUGGCGGUUGGUCAGUGGAACGAGAUGCGCAAGGACGUAUUGGUCCCUACGCGUACAAUGGCAAUCAGUGGGUUUCGUAUGACGAUGUUUCGGACAUACGACGUAAAGCACAAUUUGUCAAAAGUUUGGGUCUCGGUGGUGGUAUGGUUUGGGCUUUGGAUUUGGAUGAUUUCCGUGGACGUUGCGGCUGUGGUAAGCAUCCGCUCCUGCGUACACUCACGCAAGAGCUACGCGGCAUACCGGGCCAGAGAGCGCACGAUUGCACGUAAAUCAAUUGGGGAGUGGUGGCAGGUGUCUACAGAUUUAGGGUUACCACAAAUACUUAAUAUACUCAUAACAAUAGUAAUUUUCUUGUGCCAAUAAUUUAUGUUAAAGCUCUCGAUUAACAAAUGUGAACAAUUACAAUAUAAAAUAGAAGUAGAAACAUGACUUCGACUUAUUUGAAAUCUGUUUUCAAGAUUUCGAAUUUAAGUCGAAUAUGUUUGAGGCGAGAUGAGAUCUUAAAUACAAUUAAAUUAGUUUAGUUUUUAUUUUCACAAUAGAUUUAACGCCUUAAUUAAAAUACAUUAGUAUUUUUCUAAAUUUCGAAAUGCAAAUAUACGAAAGUACUUAUAAGCCUAACACUCUUUAUAAGAUAUUCAAAAUAAAU